GCUCCACAGCCUCGUCGAAACACUCCGACAAACACACGGCCGGAGAGACGAGAAAGAAACCUGACAUACAGGCGAGACAAAGAUGAGAGGCACAGAACCGCAGCCGAUACUGUCUCGAGCAUGAAGCAUGACAGACUGGAGCGAGAGAUAGACAGCUAGAGGAGAAGGAGAGAACAGAGAGAGAGAGAGAGAGACAGACGGGAGGGAUAUGGCCCUCUUACACGUCUCUGCAGUCAAGCUGCACACCCUGGACUGAAGACCAUGCUGGAUAAAAGCGAAGUGUCCACUCUCAGUCUACCGCCCCCCGUGAGCCAUGGGGGGUCAGACGGGAACAUCAGCGUGGAGACGGGGUCAGACGGGGCAGGCGGCGAGGUCCAGAGAACACGAGUGGCGCUGGAACACCUCCAGCAGAAGAUCCUGAAGAUCACCGAACAGAUCCGCGUGGAGCAGGAAGCCCGUGACGAUAAUGUGGCCGAGUACCUCAAACUGGCCCACAAUGCAGACAAGCAGCAGGCGUCACGCAUCAAACAGGUGUUUGAGAAGAAGAACCAGAAGUCUGCGCAGACUAUUGCACACUUGCACAAGAAGCUCGAGCACUACCACAAGAAACUCAAAGAGAUCGAGCAGAAUGGUCCUGCGCGACAGCCCAAAGACGUCUUCAGGGACAUGCAGCAGGGGCUGAAGGACGUACGUGCCAAUAUGCGAGCAGGAAUCAGUGGUUUCGGAGGUGGAGUAGUGGAAGGAGUCAAGGGUGGAGUCUCAGCGCUCACGCACACCGCCGUCGUCUCAAAGCCCCGAGAGUUCGCCAGUCUCAUCCGCAACAAGUUCGGCAGCGCCGACAACAUCGCCCACAUGAAGGACUCUCUGGAGGAUGGGCACACGGAGGAGACGCCCAGAGCUCUGAGUGGCAGUGCCACGCUGGUCUCCAGCCCUAAAUACGGCAGCGACGACGAGUGCUCCAGCGCAACUUCUGGGUCGCCGGGUGGAAGCAACUCGGGCGGGGCGGGAGCGACAAUGGGCAGCCCGCGACUGGAUGGACAACACCACCACCAUCAUCACCACCACCAGUCCUCGUCCUCCUCUUGGGAUGCCCUGCUGGAAGGCCUCCAGGAGAUCAAAGUCGGUCAGGUGCACAUGGAGGACACCAUAGAGGACAUGAAAGCGCAGCUGCAAAGCGACUACAGCUACAUGACCCAGUGCUUGCAGGAGGAGCGAUACAGAUACGAGCGUCUAGAAGAGCAACUCAAUGACUUGACGGAGCUCCAUCAGAACGAGAUGAGCAAUCUGAAGCAGGAGCUGGCCAGCAUGGAGGAGAAGGUGGCGUACCAGUCGUACGAGAGAGCGAGAGACAUCCAGGAAGCAGUGGAGUCGUGCCUCACCCGCGUCACCAAACUGGAGCUGCAGCAGCAACAGCAGCAGGUGGUGCAGCUGGAGGGAGUGGAGAACGCUAAUGCCCGAGCCCUGCUGGGGAAACUCAUCAACGUCAUCCUGGCCCUGAUGGCAGUGCUGCUGGUGUUCGUCUCCACCAUGGCCAACUUCAUCACGCCCCUCAUGAAGACGCGCGCCCGGGUCGGUGCCACCCUGGCCCUCGCGCUCUUCCUGGUCACACUGUGGAAACACUGGGACUGGCUGGAGCUCUGCCUGCUGCCCAGCUGAAGAGUACACGUCCAGAACUGUGACUCUAACUGAGACGCAUCCCUUACAUCGUAUCAGAAGAGGGUGAGACCUUGAAGGACGUAAGAGAAAGAUCCAUCCAUGGCCUGAAGGUGGUGCUAGACCAUGGCUCUACAUUUCCUGUCUUUUCCUUCUGAAUGGGUGUCUUUUACGGCUGCGCGAUUAAUAAGAACGCGUAUCUCAUCGGUAAAACUGGUUCUGUGAUCAGUAGUGAAUCUCCAUCAGGUGCUGCCAGAUGGAGCGCCAUUU